AAAGCCAGGCAGGGGAGGGAGGCGAAGGGCCCUCCCACAGUACGCUGCACGCGUCGCACUCUUCCGCAGUCAGUUCGAAGAGACCCAAAACAAACCACACCCCCGGGACCCGCUGCGGAGGGAGCAAAGCGUUUCGGGUGGCGCCCGUUCCAUCGCCGGCGGUUUCGCUUUCGUUUCCGUUUCCGUUGCUUCUCCCGGGGCGGAGCUGCUCUGGAAGCCGGGGAAGGCGGCUCUCCGGGGCCAUGGCUCUGGCGGCCCAGGCGCUGCGGGUGCUGUGCGGCAGCGGCGGCUGCCUGGAGCAGGCCGACCUGCAGCGCUGGCUGCCGGGCCGGCCCUCGGCGGAGCAGCUGGCGGCCGUGCUGCGGGACGCGCAGCGCUUCACGCUGGUGCGGCGGCCCGGCGAGGAGGGCGCGGCGGCGGCCGCGGAGGUGGCCGUGGUGGUGGCCACCAGCCCCGUGCGGCUGUGCCAGCAGUACAGCGCGGGCUGCCCGGGGCACUGCGGGCAGCUGCACCUCUGCAAGUACCACCUGAAGGGGCACUGCCGCAACCACGGGGCGAGGAAGGAAUGCAGGUUUGCUCACAACUUCUUCUCGGACCACAAUCUCCGUGUUCUAAAACGCCAUGGGCUUGACAUUUUAGACAGUGAUGAACUUUGCCAGCUUCUGCUCCAAAAUGACCCUUCCCUCUUACCAGAGGUCUGCUUGCAUUAUAACAAAGGUGAUGGACCUUAUGGAUCUUGUACCUUUAAAACGUCCUGCACCAAACUGCAUGUUUGCCAGUACUUUUUGCGGGGACAGUGCAGAUUUGGCAACGCCUGCAAACGAUCCCAUGACUUAUUGAAGUCAGAAUGUCUUGAGAAACUGCUGAAACAGGGAAUGAGCUUAGACAAUAUUGAGAGACUACCUUCUCUCUAUAGAAACAUGUAUGACAUCAAAAACGGCAACAGGAACAUGCAAGACAUAGAAGAGGCCAAGACUUCACCAUGCAAAGACAAAAAACACAGCUCUGGACGAGAGUCUGCAACUACAAAAGAUGAUGAGUCAGAACAGAUCUGUUUAUAUCAUCUGUACAAAAGUUGUGGCUUUAAAGAAAAGUGUAUCAGAACUCAUUUUCACUUGCCAUAUAGAUGGCAGAUCUCUGAUGGCAACACCUGGAAGGACUUGAAGAAUAUGGAAGAAAUAGAAAAAGCGUAUUGUGACCCAAAUAAGACCAGAUUUACUAAUGGUGUUACUGAAAGUGGCUCUGUCAUGGCAUGUAUCUGUUUUCUCAGUAUGUGCUGUGGGUUUGCAAAGGUUAGGCGUCUUUCUACAGCCUCCUCUGUGACCAAACCCCCUCACUUCAUUCUAACAACAGAAUGGAUCUGGUACUGGAAAGAUGAAUUUGGCAUGUGGCAGGAGUAUGGAAAAAAAGAUGAUCUUCAUGUAGCUGCUACGGUCUCCAGUGAUGACCUGGAGAAAGCUUAUAUAGCUGAAGGUUCUCCAAAGCUGAACUUCAAAGCUGGAAGGCAUGAAUAUGAACUAAAUUUUGAAGGGGGGUUUGUUCGUUUGUUUGUUUUCCCAGCCAUGAUUCAAAAAAACCUUCGCUUCACAACAGAGAGAAAGAUUUGCAGAAGACCUAAAUUUGUCUCUCAGGCAGAGGUAGAAACCACAAGAGCCAGGGGCAUUAAACAUACAGAAGAGUUUAAGGGCAUUCCAGCUCACUGGGACAAAUCUGCCCUGCCUGAACUGGGAUUCAAGCUGAUUGAGCUUGACAGUUCUUCUGAAGAAUACAAGAAAGUCAAGGUGGACUUUCAACGUACAAUGCCCAAAACAGCUAUUAAAAGAAUUUGUAGAAUUCAGAACCCAUCACUCUGGGAACUGUAUCAAUGGCAGAAGGAGCUAAUGCAGAAGAGCAAUGGUGGAAAGGCUGCGGAUGAGCGAUUUUUAUUUCAUGGGACCCAUAAAAAAGACAUUGAUGCCAUCUGUCAGCAAAACUUCGACUGGAGAAUCUGUGGCCUUAAUGGGACAGUCUACGGCAAAGGAAGUUAUUUUGCAAGGGAUGCAUCUUACUCUGACAAGUAUUGUGGGACAGACUCAAGCAAGACCAUGUUUCUGGCACGAGUGCUGGUGGGGGAGUUCACUCGUGGUAGUUCUGAUUAUGUUCGGCCUCCCAUGAAGGACAGCCAAAACUUCUAUGACAGUUGUGUGAAUGAUGCUUUAAACCCUUCUAUCUUUGUCAUCUUUGAGAAGCAGCAGAUUUAUCCAGAGUAUCUCAUAGAAUACAGGGCACCAGUAGAACUCAUAUAGCAGCAAACCCUAUCCUCAUUGUGUUUAACUGGUAUAAACAUUUUUUUAGUAUUCGCAUAAGAGAGAAAAAGUGAUUUUUAUAGAAGUUGUGUGAUCGGAUAGGUGAAUAUUCAGAAACAUUUAUUCUCUAUCCUUUCUGUGCAAUAGAAAACAAGGGAUAAAAAGACACAGGAUGUUUUAUAAUUCCUAAAAUCCCGUGUCUGUCUCCUAUUCUUUAGCAGCUUUUACAUUUCCCUACAUUACUAGAGACUUUUAUAAAUUUAUUAGAAGAAAUCGCUGAUUCUUGUAGCAUGAGGAUUUGCUAUAACAGCAAAUAAUUAAUGACAAGUUCAAAUAUUUUUUUUACAAGUUCAAACAGAAAUGUUUCAGGAUGGAUCUUUACACAUGCUCAUUGGUCACUGGCUGUGUCCCUCUACCUCUUUUAACUCAAAACUGACUAAAAGCUGGGUUUUUUAGUAAUCUGUCUCCUGUAACAGUAGACAUUCAGGUGCUUGCAAAUGUGUUGUACAAUCUCUGUGCUCAACUCAUUGCAUAUAUUCUUACUAGCACUCCUUUUUGUCCCUGCUCAAUCUUCGCCAACAAAACCUCAAAAAUUAAACUUGCUUGUUGAAAAGGAACAGAGACUUAUUUUUACUUGUUAAUUUUCUCAUUUAAAACAAGUACCAAAGGUAUAAGCAUAACAAGGGUUGCUUGGUGCUGUGUGAUUUGGUUGAUUUACUCUAUCAAAUAUGUGCUGUAUUUUCUAUCUGUGAAGACACCAGUUUUUCAUGACUUUCACUGUGCCUACAAACGAAAGAAUGCUAGCAGGUGCCAUGGAGGCACCUCAUGCUGUUAUUUAAUACCCUACUUGGGAGUAAAAUACACUCCUUUUACUGCUUGAUUAUCAUACCUUGUUUCUGGGAGCAACUUCAUGGUUCUCUUACAGCUGUUGGGAAGGAUGGUGAUUGACUGUCUCAUCAGGUGCACUGCCUCUUUGGUUGCAGGAGAUAUGCAGGUUACCUGUGUCAUCAAGCUGUCUGGACUUUUUUUGCAGGAGAAAUGUGCUUACCUGGAAAGUAGUCUUCACCCACAGAGCUGAAACUUUUAAAAAUCUGAAAAUUAAGUUGAAUAUUUAAUUGUUCCCAGCAUAAGAUGUUAAUAGUGUUGAGCAGUCAGCAUAUAUGUGUGCAAUCAAAAGACUUGAACUGUAUUUUUAUAAGAUGUAAUUGCUGAUGCAUAGAUAGAUACUUUAUCACAGAUUUAAUGUGCAUAGGUGAGUACUGGUUAGCUAUAGUGUACUGCAGAAGCCUUAAGAUAUACUUUCUAUAUGACCUAAAAAAGCUCAUCUCUAGGACCACUUCUUUUUAAUUCAUCUGCAUGGUGACUGACAGGUGUACACUGGGUAACUCUUUAUUACUUCAGCACUGUGAACCAGAAAUUUAACCACGAUUAUCUGGAGUAAGGCUCCUUUUUAUGUGACCUAUAAAACUAGCAGCAUGCUACCUAAAGGAAAAUUUAACUCCCAUUUGUGUUUAAUCCCAGUAAAACACUGGAUAUGGAAAAGCAAGUUGACUGUAUUUUUCCUUCUGAAAGACUUGUAAUAGAACACAGACGAUAAAUCUCAUGUCAGCAAAUGAGCUUGUCAGCAAAUAGUACAUUCAUUGAGGAGGAUAACAUGUAUGUCUGACAGCUUUAAUACCUGUGCAGAAUAAGGGUUUUUGUCCAAAAGAAACCCCAUGUUCAUGGCAAAUGAAAAUAAUAGUAGGAUGCCUUUCUUCCUCUCAACAUAAGCAGCAUUUCAGCUAAGAACUAGAAUAGCUUCAGUCAUGUUAAUCUUCUGCCAGAAAACUGAAACGAUCUUUCUAAUGCAAAAAGUUUUGAUUUUUUUUAAUUGACUUUUUUAUUAUAUUUUUAUAACCUUUAACUUAAUUCUUGGAGAGGAUGUACGUAUGCUUGUGUGUGUGUAUGUGUGUAAGUAAAAGAACAAAUAAAAUGCCUGGUUGUCCUACUUUGUCAUCUGUUAUUUCUCCAUUAACACAGAAAAAGAAAAGUUGCCGUGUUUUCCACUUCUGAAACUACAGUGGUAACUUUUCUUGUGUGUAGUAAAUAAACAGGUAUUCAAACCACUAAA